AUGCCUAAACCAUCCUCCACUGCUACUGCAAGACCCAACAACCUUCAGGUGUGCUUCUCUUUCGCAGCCUACGCCAAGAAGCUCAUCGACCACCUGAAAUUCCUCCACAUCCCCAUCCUCCCAGGCCUCACCCGCACCGAAUUCUCCGAUCUGGAAUCCAAAUUCAAAUUCUCCUUCCCGCCGGACCUCCACGCCAUUCUCCGGGAGGGCCUCCCUUUCGGCCCCAAUUUCCCCAACUGGCGAUCCUCCUCCCUCCACCAACUCCAAAUACUGCGCGACCUCCCCGCGCUCGACAUCUCCAACAACGUCCGCCACCACGGCUUCUGGGUCGAAUCCUGGGGGGCCCGACCCGAAGAUCCAUCCGAAUUAAACGCCGUCCUCGACAAAUUGCUGAACACCGCUCCCGCUCUCGUCCCGAUUUACCGAAAUUGCUACAUCCCAGCACUGCCCGAGGCUUCGGGGAACCCGAUUUUCCUCGUCGACGAGGAGGCGGUCCGGGUCCUGAGCUUCGACAUUGCCGGGUUCUUCCACCAGCUGCAGCUCGCUGGGAGCAAUAGAGUGGUUGGGCAGGGUAAUUACAAUGUGGCGAUUAUGCUGCCGGCCUGGGCGGCGACGGCUGCGAGAGAGAUCGAGUUCUGGACGGAGGCGGCGAAGAAGGGGAAGAGGAGGAAAUUAGCUGCGGCGGAUGGCAGAGCGGCGACCGGCGGAUGGUGGGUCCCAGGGGGAGGAGGAGGAGGAGGGUUUGAAAUCAUCUGUUGCCAGCUGGAGCUGACGGCUUGUAUGGAGGAGGUUUUCUGGCGGCUGAGGGAUGGAGGGUGGAGAGAAGAGGAAGUCAGGGAGAUGAUGAUGAUGAAGACGAACAACAAUUGUGAUCGAUUGAAGAGGAAGGAGGAGGAGGAGGAGGAGGACGCUGUGUGGCACGUGAGGAUGCUAUCGGCUGGGGAGUUAUUGCGUGCGGGAUGGAGCAGGGAAGAUGUGCUGUACUCGCUUGAUCUUCAGGAUUGUUGUGAUCAGGACCUGGUGAUUCUUCCCGGUAUCGGGAAGAAGUCCUCGCCUUUGACGGUGACGUUCGACUUUCAAAUUGCAGAUGGUUGUCGGAGACGGAGUCGUGACGAUGAGCUAAGGCGAAACAGUCUUAGGGACUUACUCCAUGAACCUGCUUGA